CGGUCUUGCCGCCCCCCAUGGAAGAGGCUUGGAAGAGAGACCUUUCGCCCGAGCGAAUUGCCUACCUUGCGCAGUCCCGCAUUCCGGGCAUCAUUGCGUGCAAUGUAAUCUUACUCGUGUUUGCAACGGCUGGACUGCUGGUGCGGUUGUUUGUUCGUCUUCGGUACCUUACGGGGAUCAACUUAGAUGAUGUGCUGUGCAUAACUAGUUGGGUAUUUACCUUCGCCUUAUGCUUUACAACAAUGUGGAUGACCCGAUACGGUUUCGGGAAGCACAUUGGCACGGUGUCAAGCUUCAGCGACCGGGCCAUGUUUUUGAAGCUCGACUUCGUCACCAUGCUCACCUACGUCCUCGCCCUCGGCGCCAUCAAGAUCUCCUUCUGUGUCCUCUAUCUCCAGAUUUUUCCCGGCAAGAAGUUCCGAAUUGCCUGCUGGUGCCUGCUGGCGAUCCUGCUUGGCGAGACCAUCGCUGAGACCUUUGUCGUGAUCUUUCAGUGCAUCCCCGUGCACAAGGCAUGGGAUGCCACAGGCCUCGUUGAGGGCUGGUGUGUGGACAUGACGGCGCUGUACUACUCGAAUUUCGCCAUCAAGCUGGCCACGGACCUGGCCAUUUUCAUCAUGCCGAUCCCCAAGUUGUGGCAAUUGAAGAUGACCAAGGGCAAACGCAUGGGGUUGGUGGUGAUGUUCAGUCUUGGUCUUUUGGUAUGCGUCACGAGCAUCAUCCGGGUCUCCUACAUGAACUCCUUUGCGGUGGAUCACACCUGGUCAAUGGUCAACACCGAGCUUUGGUCCUGCGUCGAGGUCGCCGUCGCUAUCUUCAUCGCCUGCAUCCCCAGCUUCAAGACCCUCAUCACGCAUCGGUUCCCCGUUCUGCAGCGCCUCCUCGGCCUUUCGAGCGACAGCGACUCGGCCGGUCCGUCUAAAAUGUACGGUACCUCGUCGCGGCGCACCUACCACGGCCCCUCGAUGAGCAUCAAGCUUAACCCAGUGCACGGCCACAGCAGUAGCAGCAGCCGCGCGGACGCCGAGACCGCCAACGAGUCGCAGGAGCGCAUUAUGUUUCCCGAGGGAAUCCACGUGGUGACAAAAGUCAGUGUCAAUGAGACGGUCUGA